AUGAGACCUGUGACUAUUAGCGGGACGCGUGAUGUGUACCGGGAGGAGAAUUGGCCACGCUAUGCAGCAACCGACAAGGAAUACGCUACGCAGAACCUUGAGAUACCGCAAGAAGAGGAACCCAUCCAACGAGCAAUGAUUCAGGAUGAAGGUAUCCGGGAUUUCGAAGAAUGGUUUGAUCCAUUUGAAGACUUCAUCGGGUAA